GAUGGCAACUUUUACAUUACACCAAAUCGUAUUACGGUUCACCGAUCCAGCUACAUUUGGAAUUGCAUCAGUUCAACUCGAAUUGUUAUUAGCGACAAUAUUAUUUCUCUCUCGCGAAGGAUUCAGAUGCGCUUUAUUGCGAGGAGGUGAUGACACUAGCGACGUUGACGAACUCGCGAGUCCAUCCGCGGAAAAUGUUGUGUUUGCUAAUAGCAGGAAAGGAUCCGUGCAAAAAAUCACGAACAUAUCAUGGAUUCCGAUACCUAUUGGAAUGCUCACAGCUUUCCUUGCUUGUGCAUUCUACAUAUUUUAUGCCACCGAAGAAACUCUAGCGGCUCCAUAUUAUGUGACAUCAGUGGUUUUAUACGGUCUGUCAGCCCUCGGGGAACUUAUGGUCGAGCCAUUAUACAUAGCUGCCAUGAAUAAACUGCUUUUCAAACUACGCGUUGGUUGCGAAGGAGUCGGUGUGAUUGUGCGUUGCGUAAUUACACUCGCGCUUACACUUUUAGGCGCACCAAAAAAUGGGGAAAAGGGGGAGAACGCAUACGGAAUAUUAGCAUUUGCUGUCGCGCAAUUUGGUUAUACACUCAUAUUAACGACAGGUUACAUAGGAUACUUCUUAUCUAGAUGGGAUAUGAGUUUACUGAUUCCACGGAAACUUCAAGAUGAGAGACUUAAUUUUUAUGGCAACACAUUUACAAAACAAUCAUUGUUGAAACAUAUAUUAACCGAAGGGGAUAAGAUGUUAAUAACAUGGUUAAGUAAUACUUCCGAUCAGGGAAUCUAUGCCUUUGUUGUAAACUAUGGUUCAUUGGUCGUUCGGAUCUUGUAUCAACCUCUUGAGGAAACAGGUCGUACAUUAUUCUCAAAACUUUUGACAGAUGUUGAAAAACGCGAUGAAGAUUUUGAGGAUGCAAGGAACACGGCAUUGGUCACCUCACUAAAGAUCUUGACGUCCUUAAUUAAAUUUCACAUUUUACUUGGGCUUUUAUUUAUUGGGCUAGCAACAAAUUAUACGGGGACCCUGAUAGACCUUAUGGUAGGCUCGGUAUGGUCACAGUCCCCCGCCCCAUUGGUCUUAUCGGUCUAUUGUGCGUACAUCCCGAUCAUGGGGGUUAACGGUAUUACGGAAGCUUUCGUGGCUGCGGUUGCGACAGAAAAAACGCUCAGUACGUUAAAUUAUUGGUUGAUAGCAUUCUCAGCGGGAUUCAUUGGAGCCGGUGUGGUGUUCAUGAAAAUGCUGUCAGCCGGCGCUGUUGGAUUAGUUGCGGCAAGCGCAUUCAAUUUAUCGACACGUAUCACAUGGAGCUGGAGAUUUAUUAGGACAUACUUUUUGAAAAAGCAAGAUGGCUCCAAUGCGAACAUGGACGAAUUACGUCGAAUGUUAUCGAUUUCAAACAUUUUCCCUAAGCCUUUAGUAUGGAUAGCUUUUACACUUAGUUGGAUAGCGACAUUCUGGUCAAAUCAAUAUAUUGGAUGGGCAACAUUGGAUGCUAAAAUUAAACAUAUAUUCGUAUUUGCUACUAAUCCGAAAAUGAAUAUGAAUUAUGGAACGUCUGGUGUAGAAGCAUCGAGAGAUGUAGAAAAUGAAAAGGCAUCUAAUUUUUCUGCGAUUAUAAAUAUCAUUUGUGUAGUAGCUGGAUCAGGAAUUCUUGUCAUUCCCUACGCUAUUCAAUUAGGAGGAUGGAUAUCGGUUAUCUUUUUAAUACUCUCUGCAAUAAUGACCGUCUAUGCAAACAACAAACUUAUAGAUGCUCUAUAUCUGCCCAAAUAUCCGGAAGACAUGUCCGCGUGCGUUGCUUUAAAUAGAUAUCCGGAAGACAUACCCGCGCACGUUUCUUCAAAGAGGCUUCCGAAAGACAUACCCGUGUACAUUGAUUUACCCGCCUACGUUCCUUUAAAGAGGAAUCCGAAAGAGAGAAGAAGUUCAUUGCUAGCAUUAGCGGGUGACGCAUAUGGGGAUAUUGGAUAUUACAUCGUUGGAAUAGUCUCUAAUACAUUCUGCAUUG